GUCUGUACUUUUGGCACUAUGCCCCGUGUGAUUGCGAUUGUCCCGACCAGGCCUUGGUAUUAUACCGCCCGAAGACCUUGCCCCUUUUGCACUCACUCCAACAAUAAACAAUAUUUCAUGGUCAGCAUCCAGUGGGGAAGAUAUGAGAGAGAGAGAGAGAGACGGAGAGAGACACGGAGAGUCAGAGAGACGGAGAGUCAGAGAGGCGGGUCUUCUUUUCUCCCUCAUCCCACCGUUCUUCUGUGUCUCGAUUCGAACGCUUUGGGCAGGGCCAACAAAGCAUUGCGCCAACCAGCUGCACCGACAGACAACAACUCAUCAGCUCUGGCCGACGUCGCCCUGACUCGAAUCGCGGUGAAGGAGCUGUGGCUGCGAGAUUAGCUAUCUUAUCGCCUUAUCCGCCCAACGGGGCCCGCGCGGGCUGUGGGGUUUAUGGGGGCCGCCAGGGCCGUUGUGGGCCAGGCUGGCUGCUGUCCUGCUGUCCCAUAGCGAGGAUUAGCACACGGCAGCAUUCGGGUAGCAGUCGGGGCGGCGGCCUUGGUGAUCCCCUCUUCUCUGCUGCGGGCGUCUGCCGUUUGUUACGUGACGGUUACUACUUGCGCAGAAUUUGCACAGGGGGUCCAACGGCUCGGAGUUAGUCUGUGGUUCGUCUGUGCACCUGUCAAGCUUAGAACAUGAUUGAUAUGUUUCGGGCCGGAGUGGUGGGACUAGUAGUAACAAUAAGCGAACACGCGAACAAACAGACAGCAACAAGACUGAUCAAAAGGUUGAGCGCUAGAGCCGCAUUCUGGCUGACUCGACAGGCCCGGGCUACACUGACAGAACUGACAGGCUCACUGACAGCUGCACAACACAGCGCCCAACAUGGUAGGUCUUCCAAGAUUGCCGUCAUGUCCGACCAUCCAUCUACACUAGAUUCCGGUGUACACUAGAACCGAUGGCAAGCCACACAGUACGGAUUAUUACCCAACCAGCAUGUCCCCGAGGCUGGGAUAGCCCAGCCGCGCAGGAGCCUCGGCCUCCGCAUCAGCACCUUGAUCAGGACCCCCAGCCCCUCUGCCCUCGUGCUCCUCUGAAGUCUGGACGGGCUGGAUGGCCGAACUUCUCCAUCGGAGUUCCUCGUCAUGUCUUGGCCGUCCGGGUUCUCCGCCGCGUUCCAUCGGACGAGUGAAACAUGGCAGCCCACAAGAUCGAGAUGACACUGAAACAUGGGGGAAAUGUGCGGCCAUGUGCCUGAGAAUGCAAGUCUGCCACUGGCAGUCUGCCCCUCGGCACAAAACUGCGGACAGCUCCUGCGUGUCGCAUCGGGGCAAUGCUCUCGUUGGGGGCGGAGCAGGAGCCUACAAAUCGGGUGAAUUGCACAUGAACCGACCCAAUGGCCCGGAUCAUGAUGGAUGCUGUCGUGUACAUGAGUGGCUCAGAAGUAGGGCCCGCACAGAUUGAUGCCUGACGCCACGUGCCGAAUCGGCCAUCUGGGAUUGUUAUGGGAGGGAUAUAAGAAUGAAUGCCAAAAAUAACAAUGCUACAACCCCAUGUCUCUUAUUCUUGGGUCUGAGGUAAGCAUAAAAAUAAUUCAAUCAGAGUAAGCCGUGUUGCCCGUUUGCUUGUGACAUGUGAGUAGUGUGUGGGGUGCGUCUUUAGCUUCGGGGAUUUCAAAGUUAUCGGGGACCCUGCGUGAAGGAAGCUGAGUUCGCUGCCCGAUGCCCGAGCUCCUUGAACGGCGUGACACAAGCUUCAAAGCCACGGCAACUUGGUUGUUCAGCGCUGCGUCUCCUCAAAAGACAUCUCGUCCCUUGGCUCUUUGCCUUCUUGUUCACUCUGCUCGCAUAUUCGAGCCAGCAUUCACCAAGCCUUCCAAGGCAAGGUUCCUUUCGACCCACCCAGGGCCAGAAGCAGCUGUCGAGGCUAUCAGUCAUCAUUGGCAUCUCGUUGCAAAUAUUUCUGCGCAAAGAGUCCCGUCUCUGGAGCUGUUGGCGCGUCGUCCACCGGCUCCUGUCGUGCCAUCAGAGAGAUGGCUUAACGCGGUGACCAGCUGAGUAGGGUGUGUGCUGGACAAUCUCGGUGUGAUCGAACUAGCUGACAGAGAGCCUGACGCUGGAGAUUCCUUUACUGAGGCAAUACACCAUGACCACGACGCGACAUGCUUGUGCCGCCCGCCUCAUGUGUUCUUGGGGCCGCAAGGCAGUCGCGGAGUCCCCUCUGAAGCUUCCGAGGCCAGAGCUCCCGAGGCCAGAGCUCCAACAGGACACAGCAGUGACGUCCAGUAGGGCGUCACCUGUAGGCCCAACCACCUUCGACACGUUCGAUCGACGGCCACAAUGUGAGAGAACCUCUCCCUGGAGAGGCCUCACCAGACUGUUCCUGUUCCAGUGGAGCUUUUGGGGAAUCCUGUUGCUCAACUCGAUCGGCUCGGAAGGUCUGGCCGGCGCUUAUCUCCGACAAGACGGAGGUAAAGCUGCGACGUUUCGAGGCUCAAUUACUCGGAUCUCACUUUCCAACGCCGAACUCAGAGUCAUUCGCGGCUGGGGCUGCUACUUGGGUAGGUCAACGCCGGCAGCGUGGUUGCAUAACAGCUCAUGUGCGUCCAGCUCCGAUAAAUACGGUACGAGCCGAACUGCCAAUGUUCUGGCCCAGCUGCGCUGCAGGGUUCUGGAUCGCUUCUGCGACCCACCCGUACCGUAUCGGAUCUACGGCCGAGUCCGAACUCUUUUGAGACGCCCAGUUGCCCCAAACAAUCCAACAGGAGCGGCGGUGCCGUGCAGGUCUGCUCACCGCGAACAUGGCAUGACAGGAUCGUGUUUGCAUUGCGCAGGGGCGGGGAACCACCAAAAACAAAACUGCAGCGUGGUCUUCGGAUAGGCUUCACCGAUGAUGAUGACGGCGACACUGCGCUGGGCCUGUAGCGCCAUCAACGCCAGCAGAGUCAAUCGGCCAAGUCAAUGCAGGCUCGAGGUUUCCCCAUGGAUGGUGAAGGAAUUAUUAAUCGUCCAGGGGUCUGGCACGGUCGUUUAGCGGCUGCAUGCGGGUAUUCGGCACUCGCCUUUGAAUACACCCGCCGCCACCGGGAUCGCGUGCCUCAGUCAGUCAGUAGUCAGUCAGUCAUCGUGCCUUUGGCUGUUCAAGGAGGUCUCCACUUUUAGGUGUAAUCGACUCUUGCCUCACUGAUCGACUCCCUCCAACACCCUGCCGCUUCGGAAGAUUUUCUCUCGACAGAUCACGUACUUGUCGCCUAGUUUGCUCUGUUUUUCAUUUCGCUGCACAUAAUACACCUCACCUCCAUCAUCUGUAGCAUAUUUUUGCCAUCCAGUAGCUGCCUACAGGCCCUACCGAUACAUACUUCGGCAGUCUCCGACCGCCUGGAUCUCGAGUCUAAGCUUAAUUCUGUGUUAAUCGUCAGCACGGCUGGGACCCCGUUGCACGGAGGCCACCUGGGAACCGUAAUACAGCGUUGCAAUGGCUGCAAGGCCAGCCGCUGAGGGCGAAUACAACGACGAUGAGAAGGCCCACCAUGUCUCAGGGGGCAGCACGUCCACCACAACGCUGGGCUCCGCAAGCCUCCAGAACCCAGACCACGCAGCAGCGCCGGACAGCGACAAAGGCCCGGGUGAGACACAGGCAAGCAGCGCCGCGAGGCCGCACUCGAAUCAGGAUGCAGAUGAGGCCCAGGCCGAGGCACCACAUGCCGCUCCGCGCAGCCAUGAUUCGGCCCCAGCCCCGGCGCGGGAUGCCGGUGGCGCACAUGCAGCAUCGCCCGAGGACAAGCGCACAACCCUCCAGACGACCCUCAUCAUGAUCUCACUCUGCUUGAGUGUCUUCCUGGCCGCGCUGGACGUUACGAUCGUCACCGUGGCCGUCCCCAGCAUAUCUGCGGAUUUCGACUCCACCGCCGGUUACACAUGGGUGGGCUCUGCCUACCUGCUCGCCAACGCCGCCGCGGCCCCGAGCUGGGGUAAGAUCUCUGACAUAUGGGGGCGCAAGCCUGUGUUGUUAACCGCCGUGGGCGUCUUUUGGAUUGGUUCGCUGCUGGCAGGUGUCAGUGUCAACAUGGGCAUGCUCAUAGUCGGCCGCGCGGUGCAGGGCAUUGGAGGCGGCGGCAUUCUGAUCUUGGUCAACAUCUGCAUCAGUGACCUGUUUUCGAUGAGGAAGAGAGGGCAGUUCCUGGGCAUCGUGAGCUUAGUGUGGGCCCUAGCUGGUGGAUUCGGACCGGUGCUUGGCGGCGUGUUCACCCAAUAUUCCACUUGGCGCUGGUGCUUCUACAUCAACCUACCUAUUUCGGGGUCAGCCAUGUUCAUACUCUUCUUUGCGCUGCACCUUCACAAUCCACGCACGGGCGUAAAGGAGGGCCUCGCAGCAAUCGACUGGCUGGGCUCACUAACCAUAGUGGGUGGCACUCUGAUGAUCCUGCUCGGCCUAGAGUUCGGCGGUGUGACCUUCCCUUGGGACUCUCCGACCGUCAUUUGCCUCAUCAUUUUUGGCGCUGUCCUUGUGGGCGUGUUCUUCCUGGUCGAGCUCAGGGUUGCCAAGUUCCCCGUCAUCCCGCUCCGUAUAUUCAAGCAGCCGUCUAACCUCGCCGUUGUCGGUCUCAGCGCCUGCCACGGCUUCGUGUUUAUAUCGGCCAGCUAUUAUUUGCCCUUAUAUUUCCAGGGAGUGCUUGGUGCCGACCCUCUACUCUCUGGAGUCUAUGUUCUACCUUUCACGUUUGUCAUGGGCGCGGCCGCGGCAGUGACGGGCUUCGUCAUCAAGAAGACGGGCAAGUACGUCCCGGCCAUUAUUUUCGGCUUUGUAUUCAUGACACUUGGUUAUGGGCUUUUCAUCGACCUAGACCCCUAUGAAAACUGGGCCAAGAUCGUGAUUUUCCAGAUAAUCCUCGGCCUCGGCGUGGGGCCCAACUUCCAGUCCCCUCUCAUCGCGCUGCAGACCACCGUCCAGCCGAAGGACAUCGCAAGCGCGACUGCGACAUACGGAUUCGUGCGCCAGGUCGCCACCAGCAUGUCGGUGGUCAUUGGGGGAGUCAUCUUCCAGAACGAAAUGCAGCAGCAGUACCCGGACCUCCUCGACCAGCUCGGCCCAGACGUCGCGGGCCUGCUGAGCGGGUCCAACGCGGCGUCGAGCGUUGAGGCGGUCGACAACCUUCCUCAGCCCCAGAAGGGCAUUGCCCAGCGAGCAUACUUCAACGCCAUCCGGAUCAUGUUCAUUUUCUACGUGGCCUUUGCGGGGCUGGGUCUGGUCAUCAGCUUCUUCGUCGGGAGCCGCAAACUGAGCAAGGAGCAUACCGAGCACAAGACUGGUCUGCAGACGCUGCAGCCUGCUCGGGGGCCGGCAAAGGACGAGGAGAGGGCGCCCGGCGGCGCUGGAGCGGGAAACGCCGGCGGCGGCGUGACAGAGGAGUCCGGGACAUCGGAGGCCCCAGACAAGCGGCAGUGACAUGAUAGUCGUGCUGAACUUGUUUCGUUCUGUGCAUUCAGGGGAUAUCUCAGCAUCUUUGCUCUUGAGCGAGCAUUUACAUCCAAAUGAUACGAGCCCAGGCCGAACUUGAAUCUGGGGUACGAAAGCAAUAAAAAGCACAUAUCGGCCGAACUAAGGGUGUAAAAAGGAUAUAGUUAGACUGUAAAUACAAACUAAAACAAUUCAUCUGAGGUUGACUACCUGC